UAUUAUUUAUAUAUAUUUCAGGGUUGUACUACAAGGAACCAUUACAUCGCAGCUCAAGCUCCAAACAGGACGACUCUGCAGGACUUUUGGCGAAUGUUAUGGGAAAGGGAAUGUGGAUAUAUAAUUAUGUUGACAAACAUUGUCGAAGCAUCCAAGCAAAAGUGCGAACCUUACUGGUCAGACACAGAUACUAUGUCUAUUGGGUCGUUCACAGUUGCUGGUUGCUGGGAAGGAAGAGAGAGCUGACUUUGUCAUCAGGAAGUUUUUGGUUACAAGCUCGCAGUCGGGAGAAUCCAAGACAUUUCAGCAGUUUCACUUCAUUUCGUGGCCUGACCAUGGCGUUCCAAAUAUACACGACUUUAUCGAGUUCAUGUACAGAGUUCGUCAUACGAAUCCAAUACUUCCCGGUCCAGUGCUGGUGCACUGCAGUGCUGGCAUCGGUCGAACUGGAACCUAUAUUGCUAUAGACAUCCUGCUGGAACAGAUGGAGAAAACUAAUCGUAUUGAUGUCAGUAAGGUGAUGUUCAACAUGAGAGACCAGCGAAAAGGAAUGGUCCAGACCAACGAACAGUACGAAUGUAUUUUCCUGACCAUGCUGGAGCUAUUUAAUUAUGGUAAGACCAGCCUUGCCAAUGCCGAUUUUCAACAGCAGUAUGUACAAAAGAAAGGAACCAUGAUCAUGGGCAAGAAAUGUGUUGAUGAACUAGCACAGGAAGUUGGUGCACUGAAUGAAACUCCGUAUACAGAUUCUCCUGACAAGUACAAGCUAUAUGUUGGAGGCCAAGACAAUAUGUUUGCAAUGUUUCCGCCUUCCAAACUGGCAAAACAUGGAUAUCUUCUAGUAUCGGACAUAAAAGUCACAGAAGACGGGUUCUGGAAACUCAUCAUAGAACAUGACUCGUUCAUCAUCAUUUCUUUGAGCUCAGAGAGUGGUGCUAAAUUCAUCCCAAAACUGUCUGGUUCCAUGACUCACGGCGGUACAACUAUAACAACACGACGCCAAACAUCAGUCUGUCGAGAAAUUACAGAGAAGAUACUACAUGUUGAGGCAAAGAGAGAAACUGAGGCAAGAGAAAUAUACCACUACAGUAUUCAUGGAUGGUCUUCCACCCUUGAGUCUUCAAAACUGAUCUCUAUUUUGACAAUACUCACUGAAAAGAUACACAAGAAACAGAAGGAUGUUGGACCACACCCUGUGACAAUUGUGUACAGGGAUGCCGAGGCUAAAAAUGCCAUAUUGCUUUGCAUAGCAAACAAUAUCAUGGCAGGUAUAGAGAUGGACAAAGAAGUGGAGGUUUUCAACAACAUCAGGCGGUUUCAAGCCAUCCUGCCUAAUGUAAAAAUCACCAAGGAGGACUUUACAUUCAUCUGCAACAUGGCGUUUGAUACUCUUGAAGCAUCUACAGUGUACGCAAAUUGUCCUUGAAAAGGGAGACGACGAACAUAUUAACUGUUCUCUGGUGAUGAAGAUUUAAAUACAGCAUGAACUGAUUAUAAUAUGCAUUCCAACAGAGUUCUGUUUUAUUGUGUGCUUUCGCCUACAAAUGCACUGCACUAAGAUAUUUUAUAUCGAUGGUCUCUAUGCAGUAAUGUAUGUAUGUAUUGGUGUCUUCAAUGAACAUCUAUCAUUCAGUUAAUAUGUGUUGUUGUACAGUGAGACAGUAAUAUGUUGUUUGUGUUUAUCUAUGUGGGUGUUUAAAAACACUACGAUCUGAAACAUUCUGGUAGACUGUAUUUUGUGCCAGCUGGUGUUUUUAUAUGUUCUUUGCAUUUUAAGAGUUUCCUGGCAAACUGAUAGCAGUUAUCAAAGAGUAGUGACUGAAACCAGCUUGAAUAGGCAAAACACCUGGUUGAUAUUGACUAUACACAGUUUUUCAGGAUGAAAAAAUAAAGCAUUAUCAUGGAUGUGUUAAACAGCAUCAUAAUAAUGUCUUAUACAAGUUACAUUUGUGUAAUCAAAAGAGGCCGAUGGCUUUAUGGAUUAUCUAUGUUUUGGUGCUACAUAAUUUCCUUGGAUUUAGAUUUUGAACUAUAUUAUUAUGUUUUUUUAUAUUUGUACUGUAUUUAAAACAUUAUUAUUAUUGUAAUAAGUAGGCCUAGCCUACAUAUGUUUUACUCGUUAAAGUGUACUUGAAUUGUUUUGCCGUUAUGUUAAAUAUGAUAUCCAUGUUCUACAAUUGAUAAAAUCAGGUUGAACUUGUAAAUUAAAAACCAAAUAAACAGCGAAGUCAUUGCCGAGUUUCAUCCUAUGUCGUACAAAUACCAUCGACGUCCCAAACUGCUGUUCGGCUAACAACAAAGACACGAAUGCAAUUCUUAUGGAAAUAAUAUUCCACAUUGUAUAGUUACGGAACGGUAGUCAAAUAAAAUAUAUUCCAGUCAGUUAACGUAUAAAAUAUAAAAAAACUGACGUAAAACGAAUCCAUUAUAGUUAAAACAAAAGUGUAUCACCAUCCAGUAAACAGACAAUACAUUUCUGUAACAUUUCUAACUGCAUCCUGGCAUAUGUGUGUAGGAAACUGACCUGUAGUUUUAAAGCCACUAUAUGAACAAAUAUGUUUCUGAUAUAUACACAGUGGGCGAACACUUUGCAUGAAAGUUUUGAAAGGAAAAUUUUAAUUAGGAGCAGUUGGUUCACCUGUUUCCCCCCAUGAAUGCUAACAACACAUUCAUAGCAAUCAAUUUUCUAACGAACUGAUUUUAGUUAAAACUAUCCACUACAGUAAGGGCACAAAAAUGCAGAAUACCCUUUGCAAAUCGUCGAAUAUAAUAAUUGAAAAUAAAUUCUAACAACGGGGGUAGGGUGGGGGUCAUAAAAGUAGAUGAUUUGACUUUGUUGAUCUGGCAUGUUAUAUGUUAAGUCAUGUUAAGUCAUCUCUCUUCAUUUUAAGUUAAUCUCAACGACAUAAGUGGACUCGACAUCGGUAAUUUUUAGGAAUAAGAAAACACGAAUUAAUUGUUUUAGAGGUUUGUAAAGUUUUGUAUUUAGAUACUUGUCUGGACUUUAUUGUUAAUGAAAAUAUUACUGAACUGCGAAGGUAAACCUUACAAAUGAACGAUAAGCAGACAACAACAAAUCAGAUAUUGAUUGUGUGGACUGUGCACGAGAAAAGAAAUCGCAUGGACUUUGAAGCAUAAUGCAGUUAGGGACAUUGACAGUACACGUCUACCAUGCUAUAAAAAUUCGGGACUCGUUUGUUAUUUAGGGCUACGCCUUUACAUUAAUGAAAAUAUUACUGAACUGCGAAGGUAAACCUUACAAAUAAACAAUAAGUAGAAAACAAAAAAUCAGAUGUUGAUUGCGUGGACUGUGCACGAGAGGCUCGCAUAAUACAAUUUUUAUUCCCAACAUAUGAUACUGACCUCACCGAAAAACACUCUGGUAAUAACCUCUAUAUAUUAAAGUUUGUUUUGUUUAACGAUACCAUUAAAAACAUUGAUGUAUUAAUCAUCGGCUAUUGGAUUUCAAACAUUUGGUAAUUCUAACAAUU